GUAAAGUGUGAGGACAUAAAUGUAAAGGAGGAACCAGAGGACUGGCCUAACACAGAGAGCAAUGAGGAGUCACAGCUGUUCAGGUUUGCUGACCCAGGGUUGACGUACCUGGCCAACACGUCCACGUUACCUCUAGUGACUCAGGGCCAGGCAGGCCCCUUGGACCAUCCUGCCCACCCAGUGCCUGGACCAUCAGGAUUACACUCUGCAGUUGGUUGGGAGCACCAAACACUCACAGCUUCUGAUGACUUUGUACAGUACCGAGACAGCCCCAUUAAAGGAGUGAGUCAGAUGGGUGGGCGUAAGAAGUACAGCCAGUACAACCAGGAGACAUUACUGGAGGCCCUCGAUGCUGUGUGCGAGGGAAAGAUGAGUCAACGUCAAGCAGCUCGCGAGUACGGCGUCCCGCUGACCACCCUCCACGAUAGACUCAUGAGCUGCAACAAAACGUCUUCCAACCCCAGACUCAACCUCUUCACCACCCAAGAGGAGCACCGCAUCGUUGAUUACUUUAGGCAGUGGGCAGAGGUGGGCUUCUUAAGGACCAAGUUGGACGUGCAGGAAGUAAUGCACAGUUUCUUGCGUAAGUUACGUGCUCAGGGCAGGAAUAAUCCGUUGAAGGAUGAUCGUCCUGGACCCUUCUGGUACCAGACUUUCUUCAGACGUCAUCCUCAUCUCUGUCUCUGCACCCCAGAUGACCUCCUUGCCUAUAAACUGGGAGUCAUUAAGCAUAAGAUGCAUUUCUGGAAGGAAAACUUAGAUGUCUUUUGUUCAAACAGAGGCUUUACAGAUGCCAUGACUAACCCCAGUCGCAUAUAUACUGCCGACGAGACUACUUUUUUUUUGUGCUCCGGGGCCGGUAUUGUCCACGCUCCACAUUGUCCCAAAAAUGUCCUAGACCGUGCUAAGACUGAGAACAGCUCUAUAACCGUUUUCAUGAGCUUGUGUGCUGAUGGCCGCACACUGCCUGGAGCCAUCACAUCACCUUCGGGGACUCCUUGCAGUAGUGAUAAGUCGAGCAUCUUCCAGGACUGGCUGUUGACAGAGUCUGGCUGUGGGUUUAUGACUCCAGAGAUCUUUCAGGAGUACUUGAGCCAGGUGUUCAUGCCCUGGAUCCAGAAUGCUGGAAUAGAGACGCCCGUGUGGCUCUUUCUGGACAGUCGGUGUUCCUACCUGUCUCCAGAGGUGUGGGAGUUCUGCCUCCAGCACCAGAUCAUCCUCUACUCCCUCCUUCAUAGCUCCCCCCAGCUCCUGCAGCCGCUCUGCUGUCUUCAAGCCUCUAGAAGUUUCCUGGAAGGAGCUGGUGUUGGAGCGGACGAUGAAAGGCAAUAGUGAUGUCAUAACUCCUAAUUCUUUUACAGCUUUGCUGAAAACUCUCUUGGCUAAGAUAGGUCACCCUGAGGAUGUUCAAGAGGCCUUCAAGAACAGUGGAUUGUACCCCCUUCCAACCUCUUGAGGUGAAGCUUUAGCACAACCUAUGAAAAACAUAACAAUAAAAUACUGUUUAUCUUUACUGUACUGUACAUGUGUUAUAAGAGAGAGAGUCCGUGAUAUAAUUAAGCUGCCACUGUAUUGUAAAGAUUAAGUCCUUAAUGUUAAUAUGUUGUCCUUCACAAGUCACCUGUCAGUAUUAGUAUAAUGAAGCACAAGCAGGUAAACUUUGUAUAGCUACAGCUUGUGUUGGUAGGUUUACAUUUUACCACAUUAGAAAAUUUAUUAUCUGCUCAAACAUAACCUGUAUAGUCCCCGGUUACCAUUAUAUAUUAUGUAAAGAAAAGUAGUGAUGAUAAUAAUAAUAAUAAUCAUUGAAAGUGCCA